AUGGUCUCAAAACAUCAACGAAGGAUCAAAAUAUCGCAAAGACUGCCAACGAUAAGCUCAACAGAAAAACUCGUACCUCUUCGAAUUCGGUAUCUCACUCUCAGUAGUACCGGCACGUCUAUUAACGAUACAAAAUAUUUUGUCGGAGUCUAUCGAGUCUUUCAACCUGACGAAAUAAUUCCCAAAAGCGUGCAAGAUAAAAAUGACAGUGGUGGAGUCCCAUAUGAUCUGGAUCAAUAUGGCUUUCAAGCUCCAUUGAGUUAUAUCCUGGAGGCUGGUGACGUCCCACUCAAAGAGUUGAACAAUGAGCCCUUUCGUCACGAUACGGAUGGAAUUGAAGAAAGAGAGAAACGAAAUUUGAGAAACUAUGAGGCGGCAUUGGCACUUAAAAUCAAGUCGAUGGGUACGGAAGCUACUGUAGAAGAAUUACCGGAGAAUGACAAUCAAGACAUUGCAAACAAUGAUUGGAUACGCCAACUAGCUAACUAUUUAAUUGAAAGUCUGAACGAGUUGAUUUUAUUGACCCGUCAUGCCCUCCUUCCAUUCCAUUACCGCCGUCAUAACUUGAGUCCACCGUAUACCUGUUAUAUUCAAUUGACGGUGGCGUGUAAAGGAACCAAACCGAAGAUUCAACGAUAUAAGUAUACGAAGAGUCUACAUGAAGCAGCAAAACAACUCAACACAAUUCUAUUCGGAGGUAGACAGUGUGUUAUUCAAGUUCGAGACUUUAAGAUGCCUUGGUAUUCGAUUUUGAGGCUGCCAGUCGGAUUCAAAAUUAGAGUAAAAUGCAUAGACAACUUAUACGAUUUAUCAUUGAAAUAUAAUGCAAUGCUUUCAAUGAUCGAAAGUUCCAGCUUUCCACUGGAUAAAGCCACUAUCUUUGCUGAAAUUGAUAUCACUGUGAAUGAUUUUCAUUUACCAGCAAUUAGAAGUGCGAAGAAAGAAAAAACAGUUAAAGAACUUCUGAAAUGGAUUAAAACUCGAAUGGAAAACCCGAAGAGAACGAAAAGAUGUGUAACCGUUUGCAUGGGACACUCAAACCGAUUAGAAAUCUAUUAUGUACCAGCUAAAACUCACAGUAAUCCCGAAUUCGAUUGUCUUGGAUAUGAAUGGGUUCUCACUAUGAGAAUUGUACGCGUUCGAUGA